AUGCUGGUGAAGGCGGAGGUCCCGGCGCCUCCCGCCGAGGACGAGCUGCUGCUGCUGGGGCUGGUCUCGCCCGCCCCCUCGCCCUCGCUGCCCUCCAGCGCCGAGGAGGAGGAGGAGGAGGAAGAGGAGGAGGAGGAGGAUGAAGGGGAGGAGCUGCGGACGGCCCGGUCGGCGCCGGGCUGCCGGGGUUUGAAACGGCGAGCGGCUGGACGGAACCGGGGAGCCCCGCGGACGGUUCGGACGGCGGAGACGGCUCAGCGCAUCAAACGCAACCGGCGGCUGAAGGCCAACAACCGGGAACGCAACCGCAUGCACAACCUGAACGCGGCGCUGGACGCCCUGCGCGACGUCCUGCCCACCUUCCCCGAGGACGCCAAGCUCACCAAGAUCGAGACCCUCCGCUUCGCCCACAACUACAUCUGGGCCCUCACCGAGACCCUGCGCUUGGCCGGCACGGGGCGGCUGGGCCCGGAGGGGGCGGCGGGGGGAGCGGGGGGAAGCGGGGGGAUCAGCGGCAGCCCCUCGCCCGCCUCCUCCUGGAGCGGCGGCUCCGCCAGCCCCGCUCCCUCCGCCUCCCCCUACGCCUGCACUUUAUCCCCCGCCAGCCCCGCGUCCGACGCCGAGCACUGGCCCGCACGCUUCGGGGUCCCCCCGCCGCCGCCGCCGCCGCCGCCGCCCCCUCCCCAGCCCCGCCGUUGCCUCUAG